GCUUCUGCACGUCCAGGAACAUAUGCAAUAUUGUGAAGUUUAUUGAACCCAGUGAUACCUUAACAGUCCGCAGUACUUCGUUAUUGACCUCGUUUUUCUGCAGGAAUUUUACUGACAGCGGCACCGACAUGGAUCUGAGUAACAUGAGAAAGAGCUAUAAGAGCGAUCAGGAGUGUUUUGAGGAGGAUCAGCUUGCUUCUUUAGAUCCAAUUAAGCAAUUCAGCAGCUGGUUUGAUCAAGCCACUAAAUGCCCUGAGGUGGGAGAAGCCAAUGCAAUGUGUCUUGCAACAGCCACCAAGGAUGGUCGCCCCUCUGCACGCAUGGUUCUUCUAAAAGGCUACAGCGAGGAGGGAUUUCGCUUCUUUACCAACUAUGAGAGUCGGAAAGGUACAGAGCUGGACAGCAAUCCCCAUGCCUGUCUUGUAUUUUACUGGGAACCAUUAAACAGACAGAUUCGCAUUGAAGGCAAUGUAGAGAGAAUCCCAUACGAGAUUUCACGUGAUUAUUUCCACUCAAGGCCCAAGAGCAGUCAAAUCGGUGCUGUUGUUAGCAGGCAGAGCACAUUAAUACCAAGCCGACAAUACCUGAGAGACAAGAAUGCAGAGCUUGAGGAAAAGUAUAAGAACACUAAUGUACCAAUGCCAGAUUACUGGGGUGGAUACAUUGUAAAACCCCACCUGAUUGAGUUCUGGCAGGGUCAGACCAAUAGAUUACAUGACCGAAUAGUCUUUUUGCGGCCAAAAGAGGGAGAGACUGAGCUGGGGAAUAUGCAGCAUCAAGCUGAGGGAGGCUGGAUAUACCAACGCUUAUCCCCCUAAUAGAGGACCUGCUGUGAAAUCAACAUCACCGUCUGUGACAUCAAUACAUCAUCAUUACUUGACAGCGACUGUCACUAAUAAUGCCACCAGGGCAUCAACUGACUAGUGAAGACUUAUCACUGCAUAUUCGUCCUGCAUUCGUAUCGUGUUAACUGGAGAUUUAUAUGUCGAUAACUCCAUACGUGAUUUUAUGAAUAUAAAUCAUGUUGCAUUACAAAAUGGUGCUUUGUUGCAGCUAGACUGACCUCAACACAUUCUCAAUCUAUUACUUGUAAGUGCAAAGUCUGUUGACUGCCUGAUGUUUAUUAAUAAUUAAAAAAGCACAGCUGUACUUGCAGCCUUAAUUGCAGAUUCAGAAAACAUAGACUUUGGACUUCUGUCACAACAAAAAACACCCAACAUGUUGCUCUGUUUGAUUUUUUGCACAUCUUUAAAUGUGUUCAUAAUAAAAUAUAUAUAUAUAUAUAUAUAUAUUCUACAUGACAAAUGUGAAAUAUGAUUAGAUUGUGUGUUAUAAAUGUGCCAAAUGUAAUGUUGAUCUAAAAUAACUGUCUGAAUUUGACUGUAAUUCUGUAAUGGACUGUAAUUCUUGUAAAUGUAAAGUAAUAAACCAGUUUAAUUUUUGCAGCAA